AUGUCGACUACAGUGGGCCCAGAAACCGCCGUUUUAACCGUUGUGAGAUUCUCCGUUUUCUACGCCUGUCGCAAGUACCUACUGCGGGUUCUCUACUCGGACCUACGAAACCUCUCAACAUCGGCCACACCAGGGACACCAGUAAACUCUCGAUUUCCCGACGGAUCCACGACUCCAACGCGAGAAAACAUCGAACUCGAGACCCUUCCGCUGCCGUCAACUCACACACCAAAGUCAGGAAGAUUCUACACGGAGGAUGCAUUAUAUCUGCAUACGGCGAUUGCACGAACCAUCUUUUCGUGGUGUCUAGCCGAGAGCUGCAUGCUUUUCUUUCUUCUCAUGCUGCAAGGAGCAGGCAUUUUCUCUUCAAGCACCCGGCUCCUCAACUGGCGGUUCUCACUCUUCUUCCUCAUGGCCGCGAUGCUCGUCAUCAUUCCCCUUUCCUUGAGCUUGCUGUUAGCUCUAGGAAGCAGAGACAGUUGGACCUUCAAAUCCCUCUUUGGCCCCCGAGCAAUCCUGAGCCUCGUCCCAGUCGGCCUGUACCUCUUCGCCCUCACCUACGUCCCCCUCCCAUCUACCCUCGAACCCACCGAUGCGAGUAUAACCUUCCUCUCUCGGCUAAUCGUCCUCGGCACGAUCAUUCUCGGCCUGCUGUCUGGGUUCGGAGCUGUGAGCAACUCGUGGCAGUUCUUGCCCUUCGGGAAUCGGGCACAGGCUGUACCGACCGAGCAGGAUGUGGACACUGCUCAGUAUGCGUUGACGAGCAUCAGGAAUGACCUAAAGGCACGGCGGGCGGAGGAGGCAAGGAGAGAGGGAACGACUGCGGAGGGAUCGUGGAUGUCGCGAGUGGGGUCGACUUUCCGCGGAGCUGAUGGUCUUACUCAAGAGAUACAGGGCCUCGAAUCGCUCGAAUACCAAAUGAGCAGGAACCUCGAAUCGCUGCGGGAAAAAAGGGAAGCUGCCAAGUUUGCAAGCACCAUCCAAGGUCAGAUAUUUCACAUCGUCGGCAAAGUUUUCGCGGUCUACUGCGUCAUUCGUGUCAUCAGCUCCAUCUACAAUGUCGUCUUCCUUCCAUCCCGCCGUUCCUCCUCAACGACCUACCCGGACGUCAUCACCGACCUCCUAGCGUACUUCCUCUCACACUUCACCUCGCACGCCUCGGACAUCAGCCACGACCAGCUUGCGUCGUUCGCGCGCCAGAUCAGCCUCGUGCUCGUCGGUGUCAUCAUCCUGAGCAGCAUCCGGCUGGUGUUGCGCGGUGCCACAAAGGCACUGCGUGUGACAAGCCGAAAUCUUGCAGCCUCGCUCAUGCUACUCGUCCUCGCACAAAUCAUGGGCAUCUACCUGCUCUCAACCCUCGUCCAAAUGCGCUCGUCCUUCCCUCCCCCUCCAGAAGGCGGCGGCGAGGCCCAGGCAGGCGCUAACCUGUUCUCGACUAUACCCACAUACGAGGUAUUUGGGUCUCUGUUCGACUGGUCGUUCCUUGCUGCGGCGGGGGUGAGUGUGGUUGUGAGGUGGGGCGCGGAGAGGGUUAAUGGUGUCGGUGAUGAUUAG